AUGUUUUCCACAGGAACCCAGCAAAAACAUUCUUUCCAUCCGCUAUUGUUCCUGUGGGCCCUCGUGGCUCCGCUAGCAACCUUCAUCAUUCUCUACUUUUCUACAGAGCUUCAAGCUCAUCUCGAACGCACAUACUUUGUAUCUCAGCCUCUUAGACAAUCAAACUGUGAUGCAGUCUUAAAGGCUGGUAGGUAUCUUGAUGACCCGUCAUUCCGACCCAAAAUCUGGCAACCUGAUGGAUGUGCAAUGCACCCUUAUACCGGACCCUCUGCGUUACACGACUUUACUGAAUGCUUUGAUCCUGGCGAUGAAAUUAUAGUGGCUGGUGAUUCCACAGCACGUCAAGUGUUCUACGGGCUCGUGAGCUCGUUACAGCCAGCACAACACUACAACAUUAGCAAAAGAGAAGACCUCACAGUGAUUGUCAAUGGUGUAUCGUUACGAUACUUUUGGUCUUCAUAUCUUGACGACAUGCCGCAAAUAUUUAGUGACAUUUCUAAAAACGGAGCAAAGUCUAAGUACAAGCAAGUCGCAAAUAGCUUAAAGCCAACUGAAAGUUUGACUAGAAGCAAAACACAUGUAUUUUUUACAGGAGGUCUUUGGCAUGCCUGGUACAAAACUAAAGAUGACGGUCUCAGAAAUUAUUAUAAGAGCAUGUCACAGCUCUUUGACAUUUUUAAAACUGCUCCAAAUGGAGUAUUUGACAAGGUGUACUUUGCACCUGUCAUGAUGCCCAACUAUCCUCAAAUGACCAGUGACCGCUGGACUUUUGAUGUUUUAUCAGAAAUGAUGAACUUUACAGACACUUAUUUCAAUUUCCACCGUACCAAAUCUGGCCAUGGAGGCCCAGGUGGUGUUGUUUACAAAGAAUCAGGUCAAGUAGCCAUGUACUACAUUCCCUUUACUCAUGAAAUUGGCGGCGAACACCACUAUGGACUUUACGACCAAUCCGGUAUCCACUUUAAUGAUAUUGGACGAUACUUGGAACCCGCUAUUUUACUGAACCAUAUGUGCAACCAGGUCCUAGCAGACAAAAAGGUUGCCAACUUUGCUGGCACUUGUUGCAUUGAGUACCCAGCCAUGUCACGUGUCGCACAAAUAGGUCUGCUGGCCAUAAUCACUGUAGCUCUGGCAGCUGUGAUUGCGGCUUCAGGGAAAAAGGCUGUGAUUCCGCUGGUCACUGUUUUGGCAAGUGUAUGGGCUGCUGGGUACGUGUACAUGGCUGAGCGCACGCAUGCUCUUAGUAAGAUUGCAUUACACUUUGAGCCUGCAAAGGGUGCCAUUUUAGUUCAACUUGGUGUACUACUUGCCAUGUUUUGGCCAGUUCUUGGUGGCUAUGGAUUCAAAUCUGGAGAAAACUUGGUUGUGUUUAAACAGUCAUUCCCCGUUGGGGUUUUGACCAAACAAUUGCUCAAUGAAUUUAAGGGGCUUUGUGUGGCUAUACUACUAACUGUCCAAGUUACUGGAUAUGAUCGUGUUUACGAUACGUAUACAGGAGAAGUACUCGCCCGUGUGUUUUUCUCGUCCUAUGCCAUGGCCGAGGUUUACUCUUUGACUCUUGAUGUUGUUGAACGCGGGUCUGUCAGAUUAUACUUACGAAGGCUGGUCCAUAUAUUUCUCCUUCCAGGGUUAAUUGCUCUUGCCCUUCAUCACAAGGAUUCUCAAGAAGGAAUGGUAGAAAAAACUCAAUCAGCCUUUCAAGCUCUCACAAAUCUCUCACCAAUAGCUGCAAAGUUAUUUUUCUGGUUUUCAUUUGUUGUUGUUGUUGUCAAUCUGGCAAAGCUACUACAAGUCAAAUUUUCUCAGCCGUUAAGCGUCCAAGCAGGAUUUUUGAUUAUUGCUGGGGCUGCCACUUUUAUUGCCAGAUGGGCUACUGUUGAAAAAUAUGGUCCUACUCAGGUGACCAAAACCCCAGCUGGAACUAUGAUUAACAUUGGUGAUGCUGUUUAUAAUAAGCAGCACCCUAUUUUGGGAGACUUUUGGCCCGUUUUUGCAGCCUUUUUCGCGGCCUGGUUUGGAAGCAUCAGCAUAUCCAAUUCUUCUGAGACCUACUCUGAAGUAGUCCCUUCUAAGAAGGCACUUGUAAGUGUUGCUGCUGCAGCUGCUAUCGUGACCAAUGCCCUUCACCGUGGGCUCCGGUUUGAGCUGCCUCCACUACUAAUUGCUUCAAACAACCGGUCAUACAUGGAUAUUAGCGCAGACCGUUACGCUGAGGCCAUUCUGCGACGUGGACAUGGGUACUCAACAAGUGUGCAUGGGAUUGUUUGCAUGGUGUUUGUUUUAUUUUGGGUUUUCUGUCGGUUGGCCUUAUUGCAUGUCACACGGGGAGAUAAACAAGAAGAAGAAGGAGGAGGAAAGGAAGUGGAAGAAACAAAGGUUAGUCAAUGGCGGAAACUUAACUAUAGAUAUCUGGGUGGGUUUGUUUGGCUGGCUGGGUGUUCAUACGAGGUGCUAGUUCUACGGGCUCAUGUGCUAUUAGCUGCUGGCGGGACCACAUUGCUGUAUGUGCUACCUACAAGCACUGGUGCCACAUUUUCACGGUUAGUUGAGCGGACACUUGGGCUUAUUGCCAAGGAUGCUCCGUUUAAAUAUUUUGUUUUCAAUGGGGUUUUAUUUGCCAAAGUUUUAGAAUGGGUGAAUCUGUGUGUUGUUGUAUGGGUUUGUUUGGUAGUUGCGGUCACAGUGGGUGCUGGAUGGCAGUAUAUGGAAGAGGAAGAUGAAAAAUGA